ACAGUUUCCUUACUUUCCCGCGUCGGCUUCUUCCUCCUGCAAACUCAGGCCAAGCUUUUAACCUCAUCAAUGGAAGAUCACGAUCAGAGCUCCGGCCUCCUCCUAACCAAUCACAUUCAACAACCCCUCUCUUCCCAAUCCCUAUCUCGUAUCAGAGCCCUCAUCCUAAGCCCCUCAACUCCCCAUUCCACAAUCACCUCCAUCUUUCAAACCCUAGCUCGCUCUCUCGAACUCUACCGCGACUCCGUCAUACUUCAUCAAACACUCAAACUCCUCUCCGAUUUGUCUUCUCAUCGUCCUCAAUUCUCCCGCCUCGUAUUCGACUCGGUCCGCUCUUGCUCACUCCUCUCCUCCGCGUCAGCUCACAUCGCUGCACAGGCACUGGACGUCGUCGUUUCCAUCGCGGAACGUGACCCUGCGUCGGUUCCAGCCGUGAACGAGCUUGACGAUGACGGUUUUUUCCCUUCGCUGUGCUUCCGUCCAUCCCUGUCCGUACGACUAUGGCUUCUGAGGAACGCCGAGAGGUUUCGUGUUCGGCCGCAUAUUUCUUUAACUCUAUUUCUCGGGUUUACGAAGGACCCUUACCCUUGCGUGAGAAGAGCUGCUCUUGACGGACUGGUUCGUUUGAGCGAGUCCAAUGUCAUCGAAGACGAAGACAUGGUCCGCGGUUGCUAUAACCGUGCCGUUGAUCUUCUACGCGACAUGGAAGAUAGCGUAAGGUCGGCUGCAGUUCGUGCGGUUUGUGCUUGGGGUCUAGUGCUUGCGGCAUCAAACCCUGAGACGAAAUUACAGUGUUCUGAUGAAUUAUUUGUCAAGGUGUGUUCUAUGGCUAGAGACAUGAGUGUGGAGGUCAGGGUUGAAGCUUUCAAUGCCUUAAGGAAAAUAGAAGUGGUAUCAGAGGACAUUCUUUUGCAAACCCUGUCGAAGAAACUUCUUGGGAUUGUUAAAGAAAAGAGAUCGCUUGGUCAGUGCUGUGGUGAACAAUUUGAAGUAUUGGCAUCAAGUGCUGCCGGAGCUUUAAUGCAUGGGCUUGAGGAUGAAUUCUUUGAGGUGCGGAAGUCUGCCUGUCAUUCCUUGUCUACACUCAUCGUCCUGUCAGCUGACUUCGCUCGGGAAGCCUUAAACUUACUGAUGGAUGUACUGAAUGAUGGUUCAGUCAUUGUUCGAUUACAAGCUUUGGAAACUAUGCACUGUAUGGCUAGCUGUGGUCGCCUGAAAUUGCAAGAGAAGCAUGUGCACACGUUUCUUGGUCCUCUGGUUGACAAAACUUUACCCAUCAGAUGUGCUACCAAGAGAAUACUAAAAUUAGUGAAACUUUCGGUUUUGAAGCUCUUUACUCUAACAGUAGAUGCCCUGCUAGACAAUUUGGCAAGAUAUCUAGAGGAUGAAGUUGAUACUUUCUCAGCUUUGUUUCACUUUGGUCGAAAUAAUGGCAAAUUUGUUGUUUCCAUUAUUGAGGAUAUCUUACAACAGAUUGAACCAAUGUCUGAUGGCAAGUUGGAUUUUGAUAAUGUGAGAGUAGCUGGUUUGCUAGUUUUGGCAAUCUCAGUUCCACUCUCGGGUGAAAACUUUUCCAAAAUUCCGCAUGUAGUGUUUUCUUAUGCCCUUACAAUGCUAGGAAGGAUUACCAAUUCCGUGAGUGAUGUUAUGGACCAAACUGGUCUUUUAGCGUACUUGUCUCAGUGCAGUAAUUCCACAAGCCUCUCUGCAAUUGAGCUCAAAGAAUGGGGACAACGUUUUCCUAUGGUCAAAGGUAACGUUCAAGUUUACUCUAAUGAAAACACAAUUGGUUCCCUCGCAAAACCAUCACAGCAAGAGAUAGAUGGAACAUCUGAAAUUCAGUUUCUAGACAUGGAUGAGCCACAAAAACUCACAUCAGUUUUAAAUUCCAAGCUGGAAGCCCAUGAUGAAAUAAUUAGGUCUAUAAACGCUAUCACUGCGAGGGUCAAAGAUAUCUGGCCAUUAGUACAAUCGGGAUGUCUGCAUCAAGUGCUGAGAAUUUUGAGGAGUUGCAAAGAAGAGUUAGCAUUGUUUGACUCGAAUUCUGGUGAAUCUGUCGGGGCUUUAAGCUUCACAUUGCUAUAUCUCCGGUCCAUAGAAGUGCUUGCCAAGGUGUGGGGCCACUUCCUGCCUCCAAAAUUUCUCACCUGUAGAAUUGGAACAUUGAAUCUUUUGUUUGGAAAACUAGAGAGGAGGCUCAUAGAAUUGAGGGGUAGGUUUAUAUGUUUGUCUAAAGAGGAGGAGUUACAUGUCUUGGAAUUGGUUCUUUUGACUUGCAUACUAAAACUAUAUAAAGUUGAAAUUUUCUGCAAGCACGAUACACUAGAAAAACUCUCUACCACUCUUUCGCAGGUCGAAAAUCUUGUUAAAGAAGGCUGUAUUCAACCUUCUAAUUUUGUAAUUGAAGUAGGCAAGCUAUCAGCAGAAAUUCACACAUCUGGCAAUGGAGAAUCCUAUGAUCGCUCUCUAUUUCGAAGGUUAUUGGAAAUGUUCUGCCUCAAAGAGAUUAUGUUUGUUGGGAGACUCAAGUACUUAAACACCGAACUAAUCAUUCCUAAUAAUGGCCCUGAAAAUCCUAUUAUUUAUGUUCCAGGACUACCUGUUGGCAUAGCAUGCCAAAUUACCAUUCACAACAUUUCGGUUGAGAGUAGGUUGUGGCUGAAGAUGACAAUGGAUGAUGGAUCAACUCAAUUCAUCUUUUUGGAUUUGAACAAUUUUGAAGAAUGUAAUGGUUAUAGAAGAUUUUCAUUUCUUGCACCCUUCUACAAGACCCCAAAAGCAAUGUCCUUUAGUAUUAGGUUAUGUAUUGGUAUAGAAUGUCCAUUCGAGGAUCUGCACUUCGUCAAACAUCGUCGUGUGGGUCCUAAGCACAAGCUGGCCUAUCUUUGCAAGGAAAUAGAGGUUUUUCUGUCUAAACGAUGAGUGAUCUGUUUUACAUCUUAUGUAAAUGGGAAAAACGGCGGCAACUCUUGGCUCUAUUGACUCACUUUCUCCAGACGGCUGCUUCAUGUUCUUUCGAAUCAGUGGAAAAGUCUAGAUUGCUGGGUUCAGUCAAGCUCUACGAUGAAAACCCGUAUUGAUGAUUGGCGAAUUGGAAAACAGAAACAAAUCAUUUCUACCAACCAUCCUUUAAAGCAGAUUGAGUAUGGCCGAUUUUUGAGAUGAUGGAGUUCUAGGAACCAAAAUCCAACUGGUUUCUGAAAAUCAUGUCAUACCGCUGUUUCGUCGGUUUUGAGUUCCAGGUAAAAUUAUUUUCCUUCCAGUUGGCUUGUGCUAAAUAUCCAUGCUCUCCACAUUUAAGUCUUAAAAUAUAUGAAAUAAAUUGAUGUUGUUCAUGUAAGGUCUGAAAUUUUUAGUAAGUUUGUUUUUAGAGUUCAUUCAGAGCACAAAAAUACAUGGUUAUAAGUUAAUGGCAUUGUCCCAACACUUGCAUGAUAAGAUCGGUCGAUGAACGACUCUACCACCAGCCUAGAAUGGCGAAUGACUGCCACCCGGGCCAGAACGAUGAAUGACUCUACCACCGGCCCGGGAUGAAGUAGAACUCUGCAACUCUUAUUACCUAAGCUUUGAUUUGAUUUGGAGUUAUAUGUACACCUAAAGUAUAAAAUGAAAUUACUUAAGUUUUCAUCUUCAAACAUUUCACAUGACAUGUUUUCCUUUUUGUUCUCAUAUGAUAAUUUGGUGAUGAAUUGCAAAUCUUACUUUGAAUUUAUUUUGUUAUUCAACUUUA